AUGGGUGACCUGAAAACCGAGGACCCUAUUGCGUCGCCCCUCGUUCAUGGAUGCCCUCAGUCCUGCACCGUCCUAGGGGCUGACCCGGCGAACUGGACUCUGAUCCACGACAUGAACAUCCUGGACAGAUGCAAAGAACCAACUCUCUUUGCCUUCAACAUCCAGAGUGAGCUAAGCGUUGCCACACCCAUGGCCUCUUGCUCUUUGCUUGAGGAGUACCCCAAGCGUGCUACGACAAAAUCAGCGAAGAUGACCUGGGCAAGUGUUGAUACAGAAGACAUUGAUGCUGUUGACCAGCAUCUCGAGGACUCUGGAACUUGCGGUGCCACGGUGAAGACCAUUGACGCCGUGCUUGAAAGUGGUAACGUGGGAGGCGUCAUUCUCGAGUCCAACUCCACCAAGAGUGCCAUCGCUGCCGUCGAAAAUCUGGCAUCCUAUAUGGCCGAUGCCUCAUCUUGUGGUACAACCAUUCUCUUUUCCAAGUUCGGCGACUCGGUGGCUGCUAUGUAUGCUGGGGCGGAUGUCUUGCAGAGUGGUGUUGGCGACACAUUGAAGCAAUUCGGUCAGUAUGUUUUUAUCAUCUUCAGCUUCCUUCUAGCCCGACCUUGCACUUCCCCCGACGAGAUCAUAGAUGGGUCCCAAGCUGUUCAGAUUUGCGAUGCAACCUCGCAACAGGCCCGAACAGUCGGCCUGUUUAUCGCUAGUUCAGUCGACAAACUCGGUGACGCGCAACGUGCUCUUCAAACCUGGGCUAGCGGCGAGUGCGUCACCCUUGCCGAUUCCAAGUCAUCGAAAACCAGCCUAGGCGCCCUAGAGGCCGCGCACAAAAGCAAGCGAUCUUCUCUCGCAUCUCUCUUUUCCAUCCCUCUCGCUCCCCGCGCCGACUGCAGAACCAUCCAAGUUGUGUCAGGCGACAGCUGCGGUGCCCUCGCCAGCCGCUGCGGCAUAUCCGGCGCCGAUUUCACCAAGUACAAUAGCCAAAAGAACCUGUGCGCCACUCUUAAGCCCAAGCAAUAUGUUUGCUGCUCGUCAGGCUCAUUGCCUGAUAUGCGGCCCAAGCCUCAAGCUGACGGCACCUGCGCCACCUACACCGUCCAAGACAACGACAACUGCGCUGGUAUUGCCGCAGAGUUCAGUCUGACCACCAAAGACAUUGAAACCUUUAACAAGGCCACUUGGGGCUGGGCUGGCUGCUCACGUCUGCAAAGGGACCAGGUCAUCUGUACGAGCAAAGGAAAUACGCCUAUGCCGGCCCCAAUCAGCAAUGCCGCCUGUGGACCGCAGAAGCCUGGGACCAAGAAGCCAACGGGAGACUUUACUGGCUUCGAUCUAGCCAAACUGAACCCUUGCCCUCUGAGCGCUUGCUGUUCCGGAUGGGGUUUCUGUGGGACGACGGAGGAGUUCUGUACUGAGUCCCCUGCUGAUACUGGGGCUCCCGGUGCAUUCAAGUCUGGCACGAACGGGUGUAUCUCCAACUGCGGGACGGAAAUCAAGAACAAUGAUGAGGCACCAAAGUCCUUUCGCCAAGUUACCUACUACAAAGCAUUCAACAUGAACGGUGAUUGCCUGAACAUGGACGUUUGA